AUCCCCUCUCCUCCUAGUCCGACCAAACAAAUCGAGAUAUUCGAGAAAAAGACAGUUGGCGAGUGUACUUCGUAGCGUGACGUUGUGCCACAGUUCUUUUAUCGACUUGACUUUCGUUUUAUAAGAGUUUUCCCAUUUGUAUCUUAAAAUAUCACAAUGGCUGACCAACUAACUGAAGAACAAAUUGCUGAAUUCAAAGAGGCGUUUUCACUAUUCGAUAAGGAUGGAGAUGGCACGAUCACAACCAAAGAAUUAGGAACCGUAAUGAGAUCGUUAGGUCAGAACCCCACAGAAGCAGAAUUGCAAGAUAUGAUCAAUGAAGUAGAUGCAGAUGGUAACGGCACGAUCGAUUUCCCCGAAUUUCUCACGAUGAUGGCGAGGAAAAUGAAGGACACGGACAGCGAGGAAGAGAUUCGCGAAGCCUUCAGGGUGUUCGACAAGGACGGCAACGGUUUUAUUUCGGCGGCUGAGUUGCGCCACGUGAUGACCAACCUCGGAGAAAAGCUAACUGACGAAGAGGUCGAUGAAAUGAUCAGGGAGGCCGACAUCGAUGGAGACGGUCAAGUGAACUACGAAGAGUUCGUCACUAUGAUGACAUCUAAGUGAAGUGUGGAAGAGCUGGAGCUUCAGCUUUUCAAUUGUUUCAUCCCGGCCCAUAACUUUCAACAUCUUCAGAACUUUCCGCUUGGCUGCCGGGCCACAGUAAAAGUGAACAAUUUCAUUGAAUGAAUAAGUUUAAUUAAUAAUAAAAUAUUUAUAAAUUAAUAUAAUUGUGUAAAUUUUUGUAAUAUAUUUGUUUUGGAAGGUUCGAAACCGACCAUAUUCUAUGUCUAUUGUAUCGACUUCAUAAUUAGUUGUAUCUUUAUGACAUUAUACAUUAAUGAAUUAUAUAAUUUCACAAAGUAUGAUAACAGUAAGUACUUAUAUUCGUUCUAUUUGGUGUUAGGCUAGGAGAAAUCACCGUUUUAGAGAGAUCAAUAUGUUUCAUACUUUGUGGACGUCGAUGAAAACCUGUGCACUUACGUAUUAAAAAUUUUUUCUUUCAUUCAAAUGAGGCCAUACUCAUGACUUACCUCGACCUAUCACCAUACUGAACUUGGCAUCGUGUUACUCAAAACUGUAAUCGUAGGUUUUACAUUGAUAGCGUUAGAGGGUGAUUUUUCAAUAUUUUUUUUACCCUUCACAUUUUUACGAAGUCUUAUUUAUUUUAAUAAUUAAAUACGCCCGUUACUAUGUGACAUUAGAUGUUUAAAUUUUAAAUAAAUGUGAAUGAAAAUUAAACAUACUUUGAAAUUACUCUCAUUCUUGACCCAUUAUAUGACUGCAGUUUAUAUUUUUUCUUUUCAAAUAAAUAAUAUGUUCAA